AGGUGUUCUUUUUGCUUCUCAAACGAUGCUUUUUCCUGCCUGCCAGAGUGGGCUUGCUCUGUGGGCUUGGCUGCUCCUGCCAGUGCUACUUUUGCUGCCUGAGGUUCAAGGUAACUGUACCUCUCCAGAACCACCCCCCUAUUCGUCACUAAAGGGAGACACUCUGAAAGAAAGCUAUCCAGUUGGGACUGUCCUGACAUACAAUUGCAUCACAGGUUAUGAAUAUAUACCUGGAAUCAAUCCUUCAAUUAAAUGUCUGAGCACUUCAAAAUGGUCUGAAGUUUCAGUAUUUUGUCAGGGGAAAAAAUGUCCCCCUCCAGUUAUAGAGAACGGCAAGGCAGAUGCUGAUGCUGAUGAUGACAUCCGCCUUGGUGGUAACGUAACUUUCUCCUGUAAACAUGGGUUUAGACUUAUUGGUGGAGCUACCCUUAAGUGUAUUCUGAGCAAUGGCAGGGUUGCCUGGAACAGCAAUUUCCCAUUUUGCCAACGCAUCCCUUGUCCUCGUCCUGACAAAAUUCUCAAUGGAUACUUUGAUCCCCAUCCUAAUGAUGAAUAUGACUAUGAAUCACUGGUAAUCUAUCGCUGUGACCGUGAUUUCUCCCUAAUUGGAAAUUCAACGAUCAGAUGCAUAGUUGCAGAAGAUGGGCUAAAUGGAGAGUGGAAUUCACCUGCCCCUGAAUGUAAACAAGUCAAAUGUGAUCGACCAGAAGUGGAAAAUGGACAGUUAGUGAAUUUACCUAAUCCUUCAUAUACCUAUAAUGACGGUAUCAGCUUUGAAUGUAAUCCUGGCUAUUCUGCACUGGGAAGCCUGUAUAUUAAAUGUGGGGCUAACAGUUCGUGGGUUCCUGCCAUCCCCAAAUGUGUCAAAGUUAUUCCCUCUACCACUCAACCUUUUCCCACAAGUAGAGUUAUGACGUCCACCACUGUCCAUGCAGAAGAUAAGAAAACUGUGACAACGGAAGCUACACAUACGCCAAGCACAACUCUCAGGCACGAUGCAGAAGCUACACAUACGCGAAGUACAACUCUCAGACGUGAUAAAGAAACUACACGGAUGCCAAAUACAACUUCCAAAGGUCAUACAGGAUACAACAAAACUACAGCACUUGGAAAAUUGAUCAUCCUCCUGGCUCUUCUGUAUAGUUGCUGGUGAAGACAUUGAACAUACAGGAAACCUAUCAAGAUUUU